ACUAACUACGCGCACCCAUAGAAGAACCCUAAGCCCAAUUUAAAAAUAAAAAGUAAAAUUAGUUGGAAAGCGCUAAAACUUCUCCCUUUCCCUCAAGCCUAGUCACGCCUCACGCCUCCUCCCUCUGCAGACACUUCUCCUCCCGACGCCGUCCGCCGCAACAAUUCAGUUGCUUGCUGGCUGAUGCUUUGAAGUGGCUCCCAGAUUCGGGUUAGUCACUCCAAACUCUGCGUUUUCUUUCUAAUCGUAAUCCUCCUAUGGUUUUCUCCAUGUCCAUUCCUACCUCUGCAUUUUCCACUGUGACCCUUCUCCGUUCUCUCACUCUUUCCCUCUCUCCGUACCAUCACUACUUUCAUUAUCCCAAUCAUAUAAUCCCUACUCUCUUUAUUUCUUCAUAUUCUGUUAAAGUGCGACAACUUCCCAGAAUUCGUGCCUUUGCUUCCGGUUCUUUUGUUAAACAGCUGGUGUAUGACCGGGAUUCCCCGUCCGAAUCUGAGGAGCACUUAUCAUCUCCAUACAGUAAUGGGGGUGAUGGUUUCCAUUUUGAAAAUGGUUUUGCAUCAGUGGAUUUGAAACAUUUGGGAACGCCUGCGCUCGAAGUCAAGGAGCUGGAUGAGUUGCCAGAGCAAUGGCGAAGAUCCAAAUUGGCUUGGCUUUGUAAGGAAUUGCCAGCACAAAAGCCGGGAACAGUGAUACGACUGCUUAAUGCACAGAGAAAAUGGAUGGGGCAGGAUGAUGCGACCUAUCUCACCGUGCAUUGUUUGCGUAUCCGUGAAAACGAGACAGCAUUUAGGGUGUACAAGUGGAUGAUGCAACAACAUUGGUAUCGAUUUGAUUAUGCUUUAUCUACUAAGCUUGCCGAUUACAUGGGCAAGGAACGGAAGUUCUCAAAGUGUCGAGAAGUAUUUGAUGAUAUAAUUAAUCAGGGAUGUGUGCCAAGUGAAUCCACAUUUCAUAUAUUGAUUGUUGCAUACCUUAGUGCACCUGUUCAAGGAUGCAUAGAGGAAGCAAGUACCAUUUACAAUCGUAUGAUUCAGUUAGGAGGUUACCAACCACGUCUUAGCUUGCACAGUUCCCUCUUUAGAGCUCUUAUGAGCAAACCAGGGGAUUUGUCAAAGCAUCAUCUUAAACAGGCUGAGUUUAUAUAUCAUAAUUUGGUAACAAGUGGACUCGAGCUACAUAAAGAUAUAUAUGGUGGUCUAAUUUGGCUACAUAGUUAUCAGGAUACUAUUGACAAAGAAAGGAUAGUGUCACUAAGGAAAGAAAUGCAACAAGCAGGAAUCAAGGAGGAAAAAGAAGUCCUUUUGUCCAUCUUGAGAGCAAGCUCGAAAAUGGGGGAUGUAGUGGAAGCAGAAAGAUUGUGGCAAAAACUUAAGUAUUUAGAUGGUAACAUGCCAUAUCAGGCUUUUGUUUAUAAAAUGGAAGUCUACGCAAAGAUGGGUAAACCAAUGAAGGCUUUGGAGAUAUUUAGGGAGAUGGAGCAGUUGAACUCUACUACUGCUGCGGCAUAUCAGACAAUUAUUGGUAUUUUAUGUAAAUUUCAAGAGAUAGAACUUGCAGAAUCAAUCAUGGCAGGCUUCAUAGAGAGUAAUUUGAAACCCCUCACGCCAGCUUAUGUUGAUAUGAUGAAUAUGUUUUUCAAUUUAAGCUUACAUGAUAAGUUAGAGUUAACCUUCUCUCAGUGCCUUGAGAAGUGUAAACCCAAUCGUACCAUCUAUAGCAUAUAUUUGGACUCUUUGGUAAAAGUUGGUAAUCUUGACAGGGCUGAAGAAAUAUUUAGUCAGAUGGAAACAAACGGAGAAAUUGGUGUAAAUGCUCGUUCAUGCAACCUCAUUUUAUGUGGGUAUCUUUUAUUUGGAAAUUAUAUGAAGGCUGAAAAGAUAUAUGAUUUGAUGUGUCAGAAAAAGUAUGACAUUGAUCCUCCUUUAAUGGAGAAACUUGAUUAUGUCCUAAGCUUGAGUAGAAAGGAGGUUAAGAAGCCAAUGAGCUUGAAGUUGAGUAAAGAACAGAGGGAGAUUUUAGUAGGGUUGUUGUUAGGUGGUCUGGAGAUAGAGUCUGAUGAAGAGAGGAAAAAUCACAGAAUCCAAUUCGAAUUCCACAAAAACUGUAAAACUCACUCUGUUUUGAGGAGGCACAUAUAUGAGCAAUACCACAAGUGGUUGCAUUCUGCUUCAAAGUUGACCGAUGGUGAUAUAGAUAUACCAUAUAAAUUCUGCACUGUUUCACAUUCAUAUUUUGGUUUCUAUGCAGAUCAGUUUUGGCCACGAGGGCGUCAGACAAUCCCUAAUCUUAUUCACCGGUGGCUUUCACCUCGUGCUCUUGCAUACUGGUAUAUGUAUGGAGGCUGCAGGACAUCAUCAGGGGAUAUUUUAUUGAAACUAAAGGGAAGUCAUGAGGGUGUUGAGAAGAUUGUUAAAUCUCUGAGAGAGAAGUCCAUGCAUUGCAAAGUGAAAAGGAAGGGCAGCAUGUAUUGGAUAGGUUUACUUGGAAGCAAUGCCACAUGGUUCUGGAAACUAAUUGAGCCUUUCAUUCUGGAUGACUUGAAAGAAAGUACACAGGCAGACAGUCUUAACUUGGGGGUUUUAAAUGAAACUGAAAAUAUCAACUUUGAUAGUCAAUCUGAUUCCGUUGAGGAGACUUCAAAUUAAUUUAAGAGUUUUAGUUAUUAGGCCCAUUAUCAGUUGGAUUCCUUAAUUUGCCAACUGACGGAAGCCUACAAUGUUUCAUGAUUUUGGUAGGGUAUGUUAUUCACAUAGGAUCUUCCUUGAUCAAUUUGGAAGAUGUAAAUAUGUAAAUCGAUAUGUAAUGCUUAUGUUCUGAUUCUGUGUAUUGUUGUAGCAUUCUUGUUCACUUUUUAAUAUACGGUAUAUGUUAGUUUGGAAGUCA